AGCAGAAGCCGCAGGACUAACACUUGCCCACUAGCCCAAGCCCAACUGCUGAUCUGAGAGGGGGAGAAGUAGGAGCCAGAGGAGCCUAACUGAAACUUUGAGUUGAUCUGAGAUCAGACCCGAGUGCCAGCUUUGUGCCCAAGUGGAGAGAACGAUGGUGAAACUGUGGCUGUUGCUCCUGCUGGGGACCCUCUCCGAGUCGGUCACAUUUCCAGAACAAGAGAAAAACCCAAAUUACUGGAGGCGACAGGCCCAGGAGACGCUGAUGAACGCGCUGCAGCUGCAAAACCUCAAUACCAACGUUGCAAAGAAUGUCAUCAUGUUCCUGGGUGAUGGUAUGGGGGUGCCCACAGUUACUGCCGCCAGGAUUCUCAAAGGGCAACUGGCUGGGCAGCCGGGGGAAGAGACGCAGCUUGAAAUGGACAAGUUUCCCCACGUUGCUCUUUCUAAGACCUACAACACCAACGCUCAGGUGCCAGACAGCGCGGGCACAGCCACUGCCUAUCUGUGUGGGGUGAAAGCCAACGAGGGCACCGUGGGGGUCAAUGCCGCUGCUGUGAGGAAUCAGUGUAACACCAGCAAGGGCAACGAGGUGGACUCCAUCAUGAAAUGGGCCAAGCAAGCAGGGAAAUCCGUAGGGGUAGUAACUACAACGCGGAUUAAUCAUGCCACCCCCAGCGCAGCCUAUGCCCACUGUGUGAAUAGAGACUGGUACUCUGACCAAGAGAUGCCCAAGGAGGCCGUGGAACAGGGGUGCAAAGACAUUGCCUGGCAACUCAUGAACAACAUCCCAAAUAUUGAGGUAAUAAUGGGAGGGGGAAGGAAAUACAUGUUCCCUAAAAACACUUCUGAUGUGGAGUACCCCAACGAUGACAAGUCAAGCGGCACCCGAUUGGAUGGACUGAACCUGACCCAAAUCUGGCUGGACCAAAAACCCAAUAAAAAGGCGGCUCGCUAUGUUUGGAACCGGGAACAACUUUUGUCUGUGAAUCCACAAGAAGUAGAUCAUCUGCUCGGUCUGUUCGAGCCGGUGGACAUGCUCUAUGACUUGGAGAGAAAUACGACCAUGGACCCUUCUCUGUCAGAAAUGGUGGAAGCGGCAAUCAAAAUAUUGGGGAAAAACCCAAUGGGAUUCUUUCUCCUUGUAGAAGGUGGAAGAAUAGACCACGGACACCACGAGGGGAAGGCAAACCAAGCGCUGCACGAGGCUGUACAAAUGGACAUCGCUAUUGGAGUAUCAGGGAACAUGACUUCAGUAGAAGACACCCUCACAGUGGUCACUGCCGAUCACUCCCACGUCUUCACCUUCGGAGGUUACACUCAUAGAGGAAACCCAAUCUUUGGUUUGGCUCCAGUUCCCAGUGACGUGGACCAAAAACCUUUCACUUCCAUCCUCUACGGGAACGGCCCAGGCUACAAACUGGUCAACGGCCAAAGGGAGAACGUCUCCACUGUGGAUUUUUCUCACCCCAACUACUUGGCCCAGUCGGCGGUUCCCCUGCGCAUGGAGACCCACGGGGGGGAGGACGUGGCUGUGUUUGCCAAGGGCCCGAUGGCCCACCUGCUGCAUGGAGUCCAUGAACAGAACUAUAUCCCCCAUGUAAUGGCUUAUGCCUCGUGUAUUGGGCAGAACCAGGACCACUGUACGUCCGGCAAAGGAAACAACGGCGCCAGAACUUCUCUGAUUCUCGUCUCUGUUCUGCUGCCCCUCUUCUCCCUCCAGCUCUUCUAUUAAUGAGACCAAGCGCAACAGAAAUGAACUACCUCCACUCACACAAAUCCUGUCGUCCCUGAUGGACAAUGGACUCAUCCCAGAACCGAGGGGGUUGCACUGAACGGGGGGCUAAGGUGCAGACCCCAAUGCUCCUUUAUUAAUUCAUGGUGUACCCUGCUUGUCUCCCCUCCAGUACAUCACCCCCUCUGCCCUGCACCCCAUUUCCCCCAGCACCCCCCCCCCCCUUGUACAUAUCCCAGUGGUCUCGGUGCUGAAGCCCCACAUUCCUAAAAUGUUUGGCCAUUUAAUAAACAUCUCCAGCCCCACAGGCCCAGAUCCCAGGAGGAAUUUCACAGGAUGAAUUUAGUCUGUCCAACGAAUAACCCAGAGAUGAGUCACAUUGAGUUGUAUGGGGCCGGUCACACUAGGGAUCUUGAGUAGAGCUGAAUAGAAGCUGCAACUGCCUCAGCCCAUGACUAGAAAUAAAGCCUCCCCCCCUAUUUCUGUGAGGGCACAAGGGCAGUACCCCCCGAAUUCCAUUUCACGUUAUAGUCACUUAUAUUAUAUUGUUAUAUUACAAUACAGGAAAUUGCAUCUUUGGGGGUAAUUAAAGGUAUUUGAUAGUCAAAGAGAGGAACUGCCUAAAGUCAAUGUGAGUGGGGGUGCAAAUGAACCCCUUUACUGAUACAUUGAAUUAUUAGGGGACAACCAGACUGAAGUCAUUGACGGGGCAAAAGCGUUUGUAUGUCCACUGACCAAAUUCAUGAAACUCAUUGGCCAGACUGUAGAGGGACAGACCCGCACAGCAGCCAAUCAGUGUUGGACACAGGGUGUUAAAGCUCCAAUCUCUUCUGUAAUGUCACUGAAAUAAAACUCAGUAUCCAAUCAGA